CAGCUGCAAUCACCGCCGCCGCCGCUGCUGCUUCUACGAACUGCCGGCUAUUUGAUCACCUCCAUCCCGCACAGCCUCUGCCUCCCUCCGUUGCUCUGCAAGCUCACGGACCUCCGCCAACACAUCCAUCAUGACGGGCGUCGCGGCUGCCUCCUUCUUCUCCAACGUCUGCCGGUUUGGCGGUUGCGGGUUGCACUUCGAGUCCCUGGGCGAGCUCAUCGUUCACAUCGAGGAUAACCAUAUCGAUACAGAUCCCAGGGUUCUGGAGAGGCAGGAACUGCAGCAGCCAACAUAUGUUGCUCUGAGCUACAUUAAUAGAUUCAUGACUGAAGCAGCACGCAGAGAGCAAGAAAGUCUGAAGAAGAAGGUCCAACCCAAAAUUGCUAUAUUAGUCACCGGAGGUGUAUUACGUAACAAUACAGCCACGCCUCCUCGCCAUAGCAACGGCAGCCUAACACCACCUGUUACUCCGCCCAUCACUCCAUCAUCCUCCUUCCGCAGCAGUACACCAACAGGCAGUGAGUGUGAUGAGGAGGAAGUGGAGUAUGAGGACUCUGACAGCGAUGAGUCCUGGACUACAGAAAGUGCCAUCAGCUCAGAGUCCAUCCUCAGCUCCAUGUGCAUGAAUGGAGGCGAUGAGAAACCCUUCGCAUGUCCUGUUCCAGGCUGCAAGAAGAGAUAUAAGAAUGUGAAUGGUAUAAAGUACCAUGCUAAAAAUGGGCACAGGACACAGAUCCGUGUGAGGAAGCCCUUCAAGUGUCGCUGUGGGAAAAGCUAUAAAACCUCUCAAGGCCUUAGACAUCACACCAUCAACUUUCACCCACCUCUUGACACAUGAUGACUUAAAAGGCAUUGAGAAUGAAAGUACUCUGCUGAAGAUAAGGACACGCCAAACAUUAGUUUCUGAUAUUUAAAUCAGUUAAGUGAAAACAUUUUACAAUCAUAAACGAAGAGCAGAGAGAUUCUAGAUCAUUUCUUUUUUUCGCCUGUUAAACAUACUUAGAUAUGUUGAAACAUAUAUGUAUACAAAUGAAAUUAUAUAAAGACACUU